CGACAGCGGUCAGCUCGAAUCAUAUGUCGAAUGUUGGCAGGUCCACGUGGUGCGCUUCCCGGUCUCGCUCGACAGUGUACGUUGGUCGAUUGGUCGUUUUGGGCGAUUGUUUGUGAUCGUUUUUGGUUUUGGCGCCCCCGAAACUAGUUUCGUCGUUUCUGGAUCUAUACUCGCCUGCUGCCCGUGUGACAAACUGCCCUCCCUCUGGUGUGCUGUUUGGCGUUUUUUUUUCGUCUGCCUGCCCCAAUCGAGUAUAUCGUGUGCGUGCGUGUCGUUAAGUUUCUGUCGCAACAUGUUUUCUAGUUAAAUCUCACUUAUCGAGAAGUUAAUGAAACUCGUGUGAGAGCCUGUUAAAAAAUUGGAAAAAGUGAAUUAGUGCUCAGAAGAGCUAAAUAUAUCGUUAAAAAUAAAAAUCGUCCUGUUCCAACAUCGAUGCUGAAGAAGAAUUGCUGAUUUCAUCGUCUCGUUCCUGUUGCUGUUCGUCGUGGGAAUCGAACCUGGUUGCUGCGGUUGCCGAAGCGAGUUUCCUGUGCUGUUUGCUGAAGUUCCCGGUUGCUGUGGAAGCUGUUGCUGUUUGCUGUCAUCGAGUGCUGCGCAAGCUGUUUUUGCUGAAUAUCUCAUCAACUUCACCGAGGAAAACAUCGUGUACCGUCGUCAGCGAGGGAAAAUCCACGUGCUCAUCGUCAACUUUACAACAUCUUUAGAAGCAACGCAAACCGUCCCGUACCGCAUCAAUUUCCGCAAACACAAAACCACCACAUCGGAACCACCCUGUGCCACACGCGCAAUUCCACAACACCGGAGCUGUCAAACGUGCGGCGCGCGUUGACGUUUUAGAACAAGGGGUUUGUUUUGAAGUUUGAUUGUUUUGGUUUCGGUACGCCGUGUUGUUGUGCGGCUCGCGAAACCGGAUCAAUCCGUGAUUCCGGUCAGUUUCGUGUGAAAUCCGCGUAUCACGACGUUAUCGGGACCCGGGAAAUAGCGUAGUGCCGCGUCGUGGUAAGAGCAGGCCAUGCGAUAAAACCCUUCGGCGCUGCGUAAGACAGCGAGAAAGAAAGAAAAACGGUCUAUCAAAACGCUCGUUAUCGGCUGCGUCUCGUUGCGAUUUCGGUGUGAUAAUUUCUUGCCCAAGGUGGUGUGGUGCAGUGUAUCGUGUGUUCGGGAGAUUCUAGUGUUACUCCCGGUGUGUGUACUCCCGUAGCGGAAACGUGUCACUCUUGCCCGACACGUCGGAAACAUACGCUCAAGGAUUUAUCUCCUUCCUUCCGCAGUAGCGCCUUCCGUUGGUUCGCCGCGUGUGUUUUUGCGUGUGUUUACGUGUGCCCCGCUCUGUGACCGCGUACCGCGAUUGCAGUACCGUGAAUCGCCUCUUGUCGCUAGCUUCUUUCGACCACGCGACUCAAAUCCCCGCCCGUCCGUCCGCGUCGCAUCGAUCGAUAAAACGGUGCGAACCAACGGCAGCCCGUGCCAACCCUUUUCUUUGUGACCCCCGGUACCGUAAAAGCCGCAAAAAUUUGGGAAAUAAUGGAUCCGUCCGGUGGGCGCGAUUCGCGCUACAAUCUGAACUACAGUAUGAGCAUGAUGAGCGAAUCGCCAGAGAUCUACGGCAACCCGAACGUGUCUCUGGCGCGCCCACCGAGCGGUGGUCUGGUCGGGCAAGUGAUGUCCCGCGGCGGAACCGGCGGAACGGGCCUGAUGAAUGCCAACGGGCCACAGUGCGGUAGUGGUGGCGGCGGUGGUGGUGGUGGUGGUGGUGGCGGUGGCGGUGGUGGUUUGUCCCGCGGUAUUAAGCGCACCAACUCGGACUGCUACGACGAUCGGCAACAGAUGGUCGGUUCGCAGAACAUGACCGGUCUCGAUGGAUGCACCGUCGGGUCCGAGGUGGUGGACGAAAGCUACACCUCGCUGCAGCCGAAAAAGUCCCCACCAAGCAAUGGCAAAAAGACGAAGGGUCGCGUUAAGAUUAAGAUGGAAUAUAUUGACAACAAAUUACGGCGGUACACGACGUUUUCUAAGCGCAAAACCGGCAUCAUGAAGAAGGCUUACGAACUGUCAACGCUUACCGGCACGCAAGUGAUGCUGCUGGUGGCCUCCGAAACCGGUCACGUGUACACAUUUGCGACACGCAAGCUGCAGCCGAUGAUCACGUCGGAGGCGGGCAAGGCGCUCAUCCAGACCUGCCUGAAUUCGCCCGAUCCGCCGACGGGUUCAUCCGGCGACCAGCGUAUGUCCGCGACCGGCUUCGAAGAGACCGAGCUCAGCUACAACAUCGGCGACGAAGAUUCCAAAGAUGACCGGUCGCCGAUGUCGUCCGGAAGUGAGUCGGACGAGUAUUCGUUACCGGAAUCGCCCCCUCCAGGUCUUAGCAGUAAAACUAGCAAUAAUCACAAUGCCAGCAGCAGCAGCAGUAACAAUAAUCAUCAUCACCAGCAAGGUAGCUCGAGCGAGAAACCUUCCACGAGAGGUGCAGGAUCAUCACAGAAUGCCGGCAGCACCGCACUACCCUCGAGUGCGGCCGGUACGUCCACGACAAACGUGCUGUCUGCCAAUGCGGCCACGAUUAACGCAAUCCAGCAGCAAAUUCAGCAGCAGCAGGAAGCACUUCAGCAGCAACAAAUAGGGCACCGCCAGCAGCAGUUACACCAGCAGAAACAGCCACCCAAGGCUGGGAAAGCAAAGUCCUCGUCGGUGAAGGUGAAGCAAGAGCCGGCAGCAGUGGUAGUAUCGCCGACCGCUACUGUGGCCGCAACAUCAUCCAGUACGGUUGCACCAGCAACUGGCGCCGCAGGCGGUGCGCCUCAGAUAACGAGCAGCAUUAUCUAUCCGGCGUCGGCACUGAGCAGCUUACCCCAGGAUGUGCUGUUCAAUCUGCUUCAAUCGGGUCAAAUACAGCUGCAUAGCGAAGGUGGAACACAGCAAUACGUCACCAUACCACUGCCCCUGAUGCCUGGUAAAACACCACCCAAAUCAAACUCGUCUAAUGGGCAGCAAAAAUCUUCGAGUGCCAACUCAACGUCCUCUACGUCACCCAGCUCAUCUGUUCCAGUUACUUCGACACGCACCGGGAGUGGCGGUUCGUCCUCAUCGCGGCGAAACCAAUCGUCCGCUGCUUCUGCUAUUAAGACUGAAGUGAUCGAUUAGCGCAUCACUCGUACGCUUAUACCUUCGUCCCGGAACGACAAUGUCCUAAAAGAGAGGUCCAAGCUCAUCCGAGGUGCGGCGGAGUUAUUCAGCCCGUUCGUGAGCGCAAGUGUGCUUUGUUUACGUUAUCUUUCAUCCUUUUUAGUAGCAAAUCUUUUCGGGAUUGAGGAUGUACACUGUACACGCCAAAGUUGAAGCGUGUGAAUACUUCAAUGUGUACAGUCGGCAUAUUAUUUUCCGAUCUAAAAACUGGAGUUACAGGAUUUUGUCGGGCCAGUUCAACAUUGUAACACGAUAAGUCAACAGCAUAAACAGCUGAUCCGACAUCGUGUAUGCAUUUCGACCUCGUUAAACCUUCGCAAGGGGACAGCGGCGCCGGUCUUCACACGACAGGACUGGGGUUCAAUUCCCAUUUAGGCCGUUCCCCAAUUGUGUGAGGACUGACUAUCCAAACAUGCGGUAUCAAUAAGUCUAGUAAGUCAUAAAUGGCAGGCAUGACCUUACA